GAUGACCUCAAAUAAUAAUAAUAAUAAAUAAAAAUAUAUAUAUUUUGGUUUUAAUUUCAGUUCGAGCCUUCGUCUUCGUCUGGUCUUCCUCUUUUUACUAUUUCAUAUUCUUCUCCGAUUCCCAUUCAUGGAUUUGGAGAAAGAAAGUGGAGCUGUAGAUAGCUCUGUUGAAGUGGGUGUGGGUUCUUCAGGAGGAGGGCCAAUUAUGCAACCAUAUGUUGGUAUGGAAUUUGAUUCAGAAGAUGAUGCAAGGAGAUUCUAUAUUGAGUAUGCUAGAAGAGUAGGAUUUGUUGUGCGUGUUAUGCAGCGUCGUCGUUCGGGUAUUGAUGGCAGAACUCUUGCUCGUCGUCUUGGAUGUAAUAAACAAGGUUUCUCUCCUAAUCAAAGGGCUGCAAUUGGGCCAGAGAAAAAGCCGCGACCCAGUGCGCGUGAGGGUUGUAAUGCAACAAUAUUGGUGAAGAUGGAAAAAUCGGGUAAAUGGGUGGUAACAAGAUUUGUAAAGGACCAUAAUCAUCCUCUGGUCAUCACUGCUAAUGGCUUCAGCACAGAGGGGGAUAAAGAUAAGAAAAUUGAGGAGCUUACAAUGGAGUUGAAACAUCAGGAACAUCUAUGCGUGACGUAUCGAGAAAACCUUCUGAGUUUCAUGAAAAAUGUUGAAGAGCAAACUGAAGAACUCUCUGGGAAGAUCCAAGUUAUAGUUGAAAAUGUGAGAAGAGUAGAAUCCAAAUUGCAAAAACAUUCCCGUCGUAGAUAAUCUUGAAAUUAAAUUCAACCUCUCUAGUGAUGUACCAUAUUUUAGCUAGAUUACAAUAUUAAUCAAAUUCAGCUCCACUAAACAUUUUAGUUAUGUACAGUUCAAUUGGGAAAAUGAGAAUUACUUAGAUCA